AUGCAGAGCAACAGCAGCGCCUCGGAUUCGGCACCCGCUGGUGGGCUGGAAGGGUGUGGGGGAGAAGAGGAUGACAACGCCACCGGAGCUGGGUCCAACUUGGCCGCCUUGAACCUGUCCCUCAACUGCUGGCUCCACAUCCUUUCCAAAGAAACCGCUGCGGAUCUGCACGGUGACAGUGCCAACACGGCGGUGCGAGUCCUCAUCGCUCUGGUCUACCUGGUCGUGUGUGUCCUGGGGCUUGCGGGUAACCUCCUGGCACUCUUCCUGCUCCACUUCCGCCGCCGAGGUCACCGCCACACCUCCGUCGACCGUUUUGUGAUGAGCCUGGCUCUUACCGACCUCCAGUUUGUCCUCACUUUGCCCUUCUGGGCCGUGGACACGGUCCUGGACUUCCGCUGGCCCUUCGGCUGGGUCAUGUGUAAGAUCGUGAGCUCGGUCACCACGAUGAACAUGUACGCCAGCGUGUUCUUCCUCACCGCCAUGAGCGUGACCCGCUACCACUUGCUGGUCACGUCUCAGAAGAUCGCCGGCCCGGGGAGGGCGGCCGCCGCUCGAGCAAAAUGGGCCAGUUUGGCGAUUUGGGCGGUCUCGCUGGUCGCCACGUUGCCUCAUUCCAUCUACUCCACCACUGUUCAGGUGUCGGUCGACGAAGAGCUCUGCCUGGUGAGGUUUUCCGAAUCGGAUUCCGGUCACUUGGAUCCACAAGUACUCCUCGGGCUCUAUCAAUUGCAAAAAGUGCUUCUGGGAUUUGUCUUUCCUUUGAUAAUCAUCAGCGUGUGCUACCUCCUGCUCCUGAGGUUGGUCCUGAGACAGCGCGCGGUCGGCAGCGUGAUGGACGGCGCCGUCGCAAAGAGCUCCCAAUGCCAGCGAGGUCGCCACUGCCGCCGCUCCAAGGUCACCCGCUCCGUCACCGUCGUGGUUCUGUCUUUCUUCAUCUGCUGGCUGCCCAACCAAGCUCUGACGCUAUGGGGCGUGUUGAUCAAGUUGGACUUGGCGCCCUUUAGCAAAGCCUUCUACAACGCGCAGGCCUACGCCUUCCCUUUGACGGUGUGCCUGGCCCAGGCAAACAGUUGCCUCAACCCGGUCCUCUACUGCCUCAUCCGGCAGGAAUAUCGUGCCGGUCUCCGACAGCUUCUGCGCCGAGUGUAUAUCCCGAUCCAAAGCAUUUUCAACCACGCCGUGGGAGGGGGGAGAGGAGAGGUAGCACCCACUAGCUUCGUCAUGAUACACAAAGACAAUGUGUGAUUUUAUGAGGUUAUUCGAAAAGGAAUAGAGUAAAACCCGGCUUGUGGCAAGGGAGAGGGAUUGAGUCCUUUUGUGAAAAAUUACAACACAUGUGACGAAAAUUCUUGCUAACAACCUGGGUUAAACUUAGCACAUUUCCCAACAUCCAUGGGUUUUCGUCUUUUAGUCAAGCUAUAUCAUUUCAACAUACUUCGGAGACGCCUAUUCCUACUUUCCUACGAGCAAGGGCUUGGUAGCAUCCUGCGGCAUUACAGAAAUGCUGCGAUUAGCAGAAAUCCGAGAGAAUUUGGCGACAA